AUGCCUUCAGCUUCGGCCAGUCCCAAGUCUUUCGAGCAUGUUCUUCUCGACAGCAUUUCCCUUGAUGACGAAAAAUGGGAAUUCCAGAUACCGCGACUGCCAACUGCCGAGUCGGCAAACAAGCUGAAUCUCAUCAAAAUGGUCAGCCUCUCGACAAAAGAUUCGCGCCAUCGCCUCGAACUCCGGUACGGACCAGUAGACAUGAACCGCGCUAUUCAAGAUGCUUUCCUGGACAAAUAUCUCGUAGUCUCGCUUGCAGAGUUUCGCUCAAUCAAGAACCCGAGUUCUUCAUCCACGGUCGAAGGAGACACCAGCAAGGUGGUACAGCCAACAACAUACAGAGAAUGUUCAGAAUAUGCUGUCAAGCUUCUUCGCACUGGAAUUACCAUACAGGGAGUGCAUUACAAUUUCUACGGUCACAGCAACAGUCAACUGAAAUCGCGAACUUGCUACUUUAUGGCAGCUCCCAAAGAGCAAAUCAGUAAAAAGAUUGAAGGGCUGGGAGAUUUUACAAAGAUGAAGACGGUUGCGAAAAAGGCGAAACGGAUUGGACUGCUCUUCUCAGUCGCCCGCGCAGCUAUGAAAGUAGACCCGAAAAAGGUCGAAGAUAUUCCAGAUAUCGAGGUGGGAGACUACGUCUUCACAGAUGGCUGUGGCUUAAUUGCCCCAGCAUUGGCCAAGGAGCUUUCGAGACGCACAAGGAUUGUUUUUCGCAACAUGAGAUAUACGCCUUCUGUCUUCCAGCUAAGAUAUCGCGGAUAUAAAGGGGUGGUAACUUUGGAUCCAUCCAUGGCAAAAGGCGGAACUUGGCUCAAAAUGAGAAAGUCAAUGAAGAAGUUUAGCGGAGGCGAUGAUUUAUCCUUUUCCGUCGUAGAAUACUCAAAGCCGUAUGUAUUCGGGCAUCUAAACGACGAGGUAAUUGUGCUUCUGGACGCCUUGGGUAUCGACCGCAAGAUCCUCCUACGGAAACAGCAAGAGCAUUUCAAUUUUCUGGCCGAGGCAUACCAAGAUCCGCGAGCUGCAUUCAGGAUUCUCUGCCAUCUAGACAGGCCAGACCUUGCCGAGCGUGUCAUUAUUGAAUCCUUGGACGCUGUGCGGCCGUCCAUCAACAGGCUCGUCAAUGCUGAGUACGACAAAAUGCUAAAUAAACGUGAUGAGCAGAAAUGCCGCAUUCUCAUCCCAAAAUCAAGACUCUUGUUCGGGGUCUGUGAUGCCUGGGGUGUCUUGAAGCCGGGCCAAUGUGCUGUCAAAGUCACCAUGGAUGGGGACGGGCUGCCUUAUGCCCUGAAAGGGACGAAAGUGUUGGUGACAAGAAACCCUUGCUUGCAUCCAGGCGAUCUACAGAAGCUUGAUGUGGUAGAGAGACCAGAGCUCGCACAUCUGGUUGACUGUAUUGUCUUUCCUACAACGGGGCGGCGGCCAGCGGCAGAUAUGAUGUCGGGCGGCGAUUUGGACGGCGAUACCUUCUUCGUGACAUGGGAUCCAGACAUCAUUCCAUCAACAAUCUCACAAGCAGCACAUUAUCCGGGAGUUCGAGAGCCUCUAAAAUUCACACCAAUCACAGAUGAUGAUCGCUUGCUCUACUUUGCCAAAUACACAAACGCAUCGCUGGGCCGUGUCAAGAAUCUGUAUCUUCGGUGGGCGAGAGCAAACAAUGCGAUGAGCCCUGAGUGUCAGGAACUCAACAGGCUGUUCUCUCAGUGCGUAGACGGCAACCGCAUCAAUAGUAGCCAGCUUGACAAGUUUGCCAAUCCCCCGGAGCCAAAGGCCGAGGCGCCUCCGUUUGUUCUCGACGAGCUUCACGAUGCAGCCAAGGACAUUAUUGCAAAGCAGAAACUUGAGGCACGCAGCCGCACGGACAGUUUGGAAGGCUAUACUCUGGAUGCAAUUCAAUUGCUGCUCUGUAGAGAUGAUAUCGCCAUUUCUGAGGCAGAGUUGAUCAGGAUGGCAGUGAGGUGGUGCAGAAGAACAAAUACCCCCUUUUAUCAUUUGCUAAACAUGUUCGACCUAAAUUCGCUCAAGUCAGAAGACAAAGCGUGGGUCUUGGCUCAAAUGCCUACGUAUGUCGAUGCCCCGAGCCUUGUUCUCAACGCUCUAUGCUCAUCAAGCUUGCUCACUGAGGCCGAGCUCAAACACUUCCAUCUUGACUAUCCAGGCAUGCACUGGAAGCGAGUUUACACAACCGAGCAAGAUCGGCCUGCCAUGUUUAUGGAAGCAACGUGCAGAAAUCUGGAACUCUUUCACAAGAAGAUGAUUAUCUUUAGGCCAAAUGAGCGACUGACUGUCGCCAUGUAUGUGCCGCAAAAGAUAACUCCAGCCGACGACUUUGUUGUUGGUAGCAAAGUUAGACUAUUUGCGUUUCCGCAUUCUCAAGGGAGAGAGACACAGAGUCGUCUAUCUUUGCCAACGAAGAAAGAGUAUCGACUCUUCUGUGAUCAUAGUACGUUACAGCUAUUUGAGGGUCAAAGACGCGAUACAUGGAUAUAUAUUGGCCGCGGAGGAUCGAAUGAUAGCAGCUACCGAAAUGCGCCUACUGAGAAAGACCGUCGGAAAGCGAGACAAGAUUCUCUUGACAAUGGCACGAAUUUUGACUUUAGGGCGAGCAUUGCGCUGAACAAGUUCAGUAAGAAUCUCCAGAGCCAUGUAGGGCGAAUAAAUAGACAGGGGAUAUCUAACGCGGAGAUUUAUAUCAUCAGCAAUAGAGAUGCCAGCUCUAUGCGCAACUUGGAUCUAUGGGAAGACUACAUUGACACAGAGAAAACUCUUCCCCUGUUUCCUCGCGAACCUAAAGAGUACGACGUUCCAAAGCUCCAAGACGUCGACUGGUCUCUUGGUGCACAACCUCCGCUCGUGGUUGAAGUGGUAAAACGGGGCAAUGUAUCAGCCCUCCAGGAUGUAUUAGACUCUUCGGCUCUACGACAGUUUUUCCUUUGGCUGGUAGAAAAGGAGCAGCGAGGGCUGCUCACCCGUUGCUUCAAUCACUUGAUUACGAGCAUCAGGAGCGACAAAGUAAUGGCACCAGCGGACACUCUUCGUACCAUGGUCGAGUUUACAGGAACAAUGCCGUACGUCUCCGCCACAUUUGCCAAUCUGGGUCUGUGGAAAGAACUGCCAGAGGAGCUGAAUAUGAUUCUCCAAAACGAGAGUCAUAGAUUGCUUCGCAGCGUUAUCCUCUCUGAAGCCGAAUUUGGAGAACUAAUCUUGGUACCUUUUCAUAUCAUCUUGGAUAAUGUGGAGUUGCUUACACUUACCUCAUUCUCCGACCUUGUUGAGCUCAUUACUCUUACAGUCCAUUCGCCCAGCACGGCUUUGGAUCUUCUCCUUGAAGGUCUGGACCAACAAAGCUCCAGGUUGCUAACUGGUCGACCAGCUAUCACUCAGCAUUUUGUCCGCAAUAUCAUUGGCAUCGCUGUUGAGCACAUCGGGGUUGUAAAAGAAGAAGCAAAGGAAAGAGAUGAGCUUCUAAACAUCCGCGUCAUCAACGACGAGGAAAGAACAGGCAAAAACCGAUAUGGCACUCAAGUCGAGGUAUCUUUCCGAAUAGAUGCCCCGGGCGGCACCCCGUUGGCAAAUACUCAUGUACGACUCGUCACAGCUAGUUCGCCGUCAAGUGCGAUAUUGGAUAAGAGCUAUUCGAUGGACGGCCUGGUCGUGGAGAGCAGGUCGGGGAUGGCAAAGAUAAAUUGCUUCCAUCCUCCACCAUCGUACGCUGAAAAUUGUUCUUGGAUUCUGGAAGAAUGUGGCUUAUUUGUGACUGCAAAGACGAUGCUAUAUGCUGUUCGGGAACUUGCAAUAUCAGAGGAUGGCUGUUGCGGAGUGAUUGACCAAAUAAUGGGAACUCAACUUCAUAAUAUUGGCAAUACACAAGCAGCUCCUGAGGACGCAGCUGACGCUUUGAUCCCGGCCUUAACAUUGUCUGAAGCGGAUGCUUCAUUGAAUACAAGCCAAAGAUCAGCAGUGGAAUCUGCACAAAAGAACAAGCUCAUCUGUCUUUGGGGUCCUCCCGGAACUGGCAAGACACAGACCAUAGUCGCGAUCAUCAGAAAGCUUCAACAAGACCCCAAGACUGAAAGGAUUCUAGUUACUGCUCCAACACAUAAUGCCGUGGACAACGUCAUGAGAAGAUAUCUUACGCGAAUCAGCAAAGAAGGGCUCUCUCCAAACUCGUCCAAAAUAGCCCCUCUGCGUGUCUCGACCGAAGUCCGAAAAGUAGGCGAAGAUUUGCGAAAAUACACAUGCGACGCAUUAGCCGGCCAAGAAAUCCAUUCCAGCCAUGCUGCCCAGCGCCAGGCCAAACAGCGUGUUAAAGCUGCCUCAAUCAUAUUCACGACGUGUAUUGGCGCAGGACUGGGGUUGCUUCGAGGCCAGAUGUUUGACACGGUGAUUGUUGACGAGGCCUCGCAGCAGACAGAGCCUGCGUCGCUCGUGCCGCUUGUAAAGGGAUGUGAAAAGGCAAUCUUCGUGGGCGACCAUGUUCAGCUGAGGCCUACGGUGCAAGAGUUCUCGCCGGCACUCGGCUUUGACGUCUCGUUGUUUGAACGGCUGUAUACUCGACAAGGAACGACGCCUGGGAUGGCGAAGAUUAUGCUGGAUACGCAGUAUCGGAUGCAUCCUUCCAUCUGUGACUUUAUCUCGAAAGAGUUUUAUGAAGGAAAACUAUUGUCUGGGUUAACAGAUAGCGAUAGACCAGUGCCACCUUCAGCCUUUCCUUGGUCAGCAUCUCCAGCUACUAAAACCUCAUCAGCGUCUGCCGCUCGGAUGCUCUUUGUCGAAUGUUCCGGGAGGGAAGAUCUUGGGAACAAGUCCAAAUCCAAUAAAGAGCAGGCAGACCUGUGCCUUUCAAUCUGCAAGCUCCUACGCUCAGCACCAGCGGCAACAGCAUCUUCUACUAAAACCAGUGUGAAUGAUGUAAAGCCCACCGACGUCAAUAAGGAUGAUACUACAUCUAUAGCCGUACUGACGCCUUAUUCGCGACAAUCAGAGAUUCUCAAAAAGCUACUGUCGGCAAUCCCAAACGUCGAAGUCUCCAGCAUCGACGGCUUCCAAGGGCGCGAAGCCGACAUUGUCAUUUUCGUCACGGUCCGUUGCAACGAGAGCCGCGAGAUUGGGUUUCUCAAGGAUCUGCGCCGCAUGAAUGUGGCGCUUACCAGGGCGAAGCUGGGGCUGAUAAUCGUAGGCAACAGGGCGACUCUGACGGGAGGGAGCGAGGGAGAGGAGAGCACGGGGGUUUGGAGGAGGCUCAUGGCACAGCUUUCUGAUGUUGCUCUCUGA